CCGUUUCGGCUCCAUGUUUCGCCACUGCAAUUACGUUUCUCCAUUUCACUGGGCUUUCAGAUGAGAUCUCUACGAAGAGCUGAACAUGCGUUGGUGGCCGUCCGUGCCGUUCUGCUCACUGCUGCAGCCGUGCCCGCGGCGGCCCUGAAUUCGAGGACGGACCUGAGCACAAAGCACGCCCUGAGAUCCCAGACGGACCUGCUGUACAGCGCCGAGCUGGACAGCGGGUCCGACGGCAGCCUGGAGCGAAGCCGCGUGGACAUGGACUCCCGGGUGAGCUCGGGGCUGAGGGCUCGGUGA